CGCGUAGAUCGGCAUCUCUCCCGGGGCGAUCGGGCUUGUGAGUAGCGCCGGAGUGGCAGUCUUCCUUGGGCAGCGCAGUGAGCGAUCGAUCGUUUUGCUCGCCCUCAUGAUGCGUCCAAUCGAGCAAUGCUCUCAAGAACCGCGGGCGUGGGAGCGCUGGUGCCAGUGGAUGCGCACGGAGAUGGUGAAUGCGCGCCGCGGCAGCACCGGAUAACUUGGCAAGGGUCUCAUUGGCAUCGAUUCGAGUAUGGGGUCGCUGGAUUCGCAGUUCUUGCAAAAUUCCUUCCAGGAUUUCGACUACGCCAAUGCUAAUGGUAGCUACAACUCCUACGCCGAUCUUCUUCCUCUAGCGGCAACCCCAGUGGAUCCGGCAUACAAUCCGCCUGCCUACAAUCCCUUCGCCACAGGCUACGUUGCUGCCGAUCAGGGACACCCGCCGCGAUACAAUCCUCUCUCCCAGAGCCUGCCAGCGUUUCCAUCCGUGUGCUACAGCGAUCCUCUUGUGAAUUAUCCCGCUGGGCGUGGAUACAAUCCGUUCGCUGAAGACUACGAGUUUUCAGAGCCGGAGGUGGGAAUACCUGUUUACGAGCAGCAGCCUCUUCUAACGGGUCCUUACAAUUAUCUUCCAAACAGAGCGUCCACACCUCCCAGCAUUCGGCAGUAUGCUCACGCUCUCCCGGGAGCUUAUAGCUUUCCAGUCCAGCAGGAGUUUGAUCAGCCCCGCGAGCUGGUUCCAGUUCCUCCUCCGAAAGAUGCCGUUUUUCCUUACAAUCCUCCGGCUGACACCUCAAACUCGCAACGAUUGCUCUGGCUAUCGGAAGAGGAGGCGGAGAUCAUCAGGUUGAUUCGAGUUUCGCAAAUGAAGGAGAAUUUGAGAUCUUCUGGAUUUUCCUUGUGCGAGGACCAACAGAUUACUCCUGUUCUAAGUCCUAAGCUGGCUUCAGUACCAAAUGCUGAGCAAACAGUCGAGAAAGCAGCACUGUGCAUAGAAAGUAAGACUUUCAAUUUACCGGUUGGCGAACUGGUCUUGCCAACUUCAGCUGAAGUGGCUCGUCCAAGGGCUAGUUUUGGAAAGGAUGUCAACCAGAAAGCACCCCAGAGAGCACCUCAGAAAACACAAGAAGUGCAAGAAAAGGCAUUGGAUUGUAGCUUCGAGAAAGUCGACAUUGCAAAGAUCGUUGAUGACGACCGGCAAUGGAUUGCAAUGCAGAGACAGAAGAUUACGGAUAUUACGGAACGUAAAAAGCAGAAUGCAGCAGCCUGUAUACAAAGGCAUUGGCGAGAACACCGUGUAAAGGUUCUGCGAAGACAAAAAUCAAGGAUGAAGAAACGGAGUCCGGUUCCGCAGAAACCAAGCCCUACAAAGCCACCUAAUAAUGUAAGACGACCAAGAGUAUCCAAGCGGAGGCCUCCCACGAUUCAAGAAGCAGCAAGGACUAUCCAGCGCUCUUGGCGGGCGUGUUUUAGAAAGAAAAGACUGUUGAAGCCCAAGACGAAGGAAAUUCUCCCGACUACAUUGAAGGAGCUCUACGAUGUAAUCAAGCGGAGGCAUGCCUCCAAAAACUUGAAUCCUCCAUCAUACGGAAAGUUUGUAAGAAUUUUGGAACGCGUGCAUGCGUGCACUGAAGGCGCAAGAGUGAGGAGGCGAUUGAAAACGAGAAGGUUACAAGCAGUCGUCAAGGAGAUAAAGGAAAUAAGGUUCCUCUUGGAGGACAUGCUGCAGGAAACGGCGCCAGGUUCUUCCGAGCUUGUGCUUCAGCUUUCGGGACAGCUGCAACAGAAGAUCAUACAGUUGCAUACUGCCCUGCAAGGUCCUGGAGAUGCUGCUCGAUAUCUACUGCGACGUGGUCCAGCGACUCCUCUUGUCAUUUAUGGUUCUAGAUCAACUUCUCCGACUUCACAUCUUCAAAAGUCGGGGGAACAAGCUCAGAUUCGUGUUAUAGGAAAUUCGCACACCGAAACUGGAGUUCCUUCUCUUAGGUGCUCACUUUUUACUGUCAACAAGUCGAGCGAGAAAGCGUCAGAAGGUUCGCAAGGCACAGGGAACACGCACAACCACCAUCGGGUCCAGGUACCUCAAAGUGACUACACAGUCAAACAUUUGAAGAGGCCAGCAACUUGUUCAGAAGCUCCUAGGAAAGGCGCUCCCGUUCACGAGGAACGAGGAAAAACUCAAGAGGUUGAAAGAUCGGGGAUGAGCAAGAACGCUCGGUAUUACUUCAUGGAAAAGAACUUGGACUCUCAGCUUCCAGUGCCAAAGGCUGACACCGAAAACGCCGUUGCCUCGAGGCUGUCACAAUAUUUAGUCACGCGGAGCAAGGAGCCUGAUGACUAUGGAUACGAGAGCAGCAUUAGAACCGUAGAGAGCGAUGUCGAACAAUCCGACCAAGAAAAGCCCAAGAGACCGUUUCUACGACGGAAGUCUAUGGCAAUGGCUCCACAAAAGCUAGAUUGGUCUAAGGUUAAGCCAAUGGUCAGCUCAAGGUUGGAACCAGAGCUCAAGACGAAACUAUACAGAAGUAAAGUCAAGGAGAUUGCACGAAACGCGGCCUCGAAAAAGACGAACUAUAACAACGUCAAGAGCCGCCUCUUCAACUAUGAGACAAGCUCCGCAGUGGACGCAUCGGGAGGUUUGAGCACGGACAGGAGCAUCGACGUAGAGUAUGUUGAAGGUCUAACCAAGCAGAGCUACACGGAGAUUCACACGCAAGUGGAUAUGAGUUGCAAGGAGGAUUACUGGAGGCCAGAGUCAGCUAGCUCUACUGUUCCAUAUUCUGCUGAGGCACCGGAUUCCAGAAGUGGGAAUUCCGCUCUCCCAACAAGGCCGUUCUCUCCAAAGCCGCCACCCAAACUUCCAUCAUAUAGAUAUGGCAAAUCGGGAAGGGACAGUUACUCUGAAGCGAGAAUCCAGACAGAAGGAACUGCUCUGGAAGAGAUAGAUCACAACGGAGGAUUGGAGAGGAAGAAACAAACUCACUCUUUCAGAUACAAAGAAGCAGUAGCCGCUGCUCCAGAGACAAGUGUGGCCGAGAAGGCGCCAUUGAUGAAUGAAACAGCGCCAGCAAAACGGGACUACGCUGACGAGCAGAGUGCGAAGGAUGAUACUGCUCGAAAGUCAUUGAACGAGGGAUCGUUUGCAUCUCCGGAGCUGGAAACGAUGUUCACGCACGUAAUGUUAAUGAAGGACGAGAAGAAAAUGAGCGUACACCAUCUCUUCGGGGCUCCACAGGGAAAUACGAUCAUUCCAAGGCUAUCCCCGGAUGCUUCGGUUUUUACGAGCAGCUUCUCCGAGAAGCGGAAGCUGCACGAGCUGUUAAUACACGAAGGUCGCGCCAGCAAGUUGCAACCCGACGCACUAGCCUACGUCUGCAUCCGAGAGUAACGCGAAAGCAAUUCCUCCAGUAUAACACAAUCCAUAAAAUGACUCGCUUUUACUAGGUAGUCCCAAAAAUUCAAAAGGAUUUUCUUAAAAAAAAACUCUUAAAGCAAGUACCACUGCCAGACAACAAAUCACUUCUACUUGCACCAAUGAAAGUCAAAUC